AAGGACGGACGGAGUCAAGAUGAGUGGGCAGAACAACUACUCAGUUUUCUUGCAAACAACGGAACUCUUUACCAACGCUUCCGGCGCCCCUCAAGGAGAUUCUAGCGUCAGCCUCACAGUCACAAUUAUCCUCGUCCUCAUGUACAUCCUCACCAUCCUCGUCGCCGUCAGCGGGAACCUCGCCGUCUGCUACAUCAUCCUCUCCGACCACCGGAUGAGGACAGUAACAAACCUCUUCCUCCUGACCCUGGCCCUGAGUGAUAUCAUCAAGGCUGUGAUCUGCAACCCGUUCUCUGUAUUCGCUAACCUGAAGCUGUACUGGCCGUUCGGGAGUGUGAUGUGCCCAGUGUGGCAGUACCUGCAGGUGGUCGCCGUGUACGUCAGCUCUCUCACCCUAGUCGCCAUGAGUCUGGACAGGUUCGUCGCCAUCUUAUUCCCCCUAAAACCACGGAUGUCAAAGAGUCGUCUGUUGGUUAUAAUUGUGUUAAUUCUCUUCCUGUCCUGCGCGCUGCCUUUACCAACAGCCAUCAAAUCAAAGGUGACAUUUCCCAAACCCCAGUUUCCCAAUGACCCUUCAUCCAAUGGGCUCUGUCUGGAGAAAUGGGACAAUGACUUCCACAAGUAUGUGUACAGUAUGGGUAUUAUGGUAACACAGUACUUUUUACCCCUGUCGGUUCUGGCGUUUACAAACGGAUGUAUCGGAUAUGUCGUGUGGAUUAAGAAGCCACCCGGAGAAGCGGACUCUGGACGGGACAACAGACUAGCUGCAUCCAAGAGACGGAUGGUGAAGAUGAUCAUCGUGGUGGUGGUGAUCUACGCCGUGUGCUGGCUACCUCUACACGUCCUCACCCUGGUGGGGGACCGGGACCAGAGCAUCUACAACAACAGCUACAUGAACGUCGUCUUCCUCGCCAUCCAGUGGCUGGCAACCAGUCACUCCUGCUACAACCCCUUUGUCUACUUCUGGAUGAACCCAAAGUUUAGGAAUGGUUUCAAGAGAAUGUUGCGGUUCAUUCAACUGCGGAAAAUGAAGGAAAAAGACGUCAAUGUCCCCUUCCACGCUGAUCAUCUGGACAGGGAGGCAUCAAGUCAUUUUGACUCAUGUGGUUCCAGGUACUACCACAGCACAAGAACCGGCAGCAGUAACCACGUGCAGGGUGUGGACUGUAUGUAGGUGAUGUCAUGCACAGAGUGUGGACUGUAUGUAGGUGAUGCCAUGCACAGAGUGUGGACUGUAUGUAGGUGAUGCCAUGUACAGAGUGUGGACUGCAUGUAGGUGAAGCCAUUUGCAGGAUGUGGACUGUAUGUAGGUGAGGCCAUUUGCAGGAUGUGGAUUCCACGUACAUAGUUUGGACUUUAUGUAGGUGAUGCCAUUUGCAGGGUGUGGAUUCCACGUACAGAGUGUGUUGACUGUAUGUAGCUGCUACACAGUGGGUGAUGCCAUAUGCAGAGUGUGGAUUCCACAUACAGAGUGCGGACUCUAUGUAGGUGAAGCCAUUUGCAGGAUGUGGAUUCCACGUACAUAGUUUGGACUUUAUGUAGGUGAUGCCAUGUGCAGAGCGUGGACUGUAUGUAAGUGAUGCCAUAUGCAGAGUGUGGAUUCCACGUACAGAGUGUGGACUGGAUGUAGGUGCUACUAUAAUGAAGUGUAAAUCUUUGAAUCCACUCUGUGGGUAAGCUCGCAUAUUUCAGUCGAAGGAACAUUGGUGCAUUCUGGGCAGCCGGAACGUCUGUUUUGCAUCAAGGGCGUUUUACAGAUUCCCUGUAUACUAGCUUGGUGAAUUCAUUCCGGAACAGAAUUUGUGUAUUGUUUGAAAACAGGAGGCUACAGUGUUACCUUGCGUCUAACAGAGAAUAGACACGCACGGAUGUUGAAAUGAAUCUGUGAGCAAUGUAAGCCUUCUUACUUGUACCUUGUGUGGUGAUUAAACAGACCGAACUAAACACCAAACAACAUGUUAGUUGCACAUGAAUAAAAAAAAAAGUUUGAAUGGACUGAAAUAAAAGGCAACUGUUUGGA